GAACUGCUGAGCUCCGUCAUGCCCGUUGAGAAGGAAAGUGCGUCGGACAUUGAAAGAGGUAUCCUACCAAUAGGUCACCAUCUGGCGUUCUUCAACCCUAAUGUUCCCAAGCGAGAGCUGCUCCCAGACGGCACCGAUGCGCUGCACAGUCCCGGCGAACCGUUCAUGACUCGUUUGUGGGUGAGCGGGAGUCUUCAUCUCAAUCCGGAGAGGUAUUUUCAUGGUGAUAGCGCCUGGAAGGUGGGCGUGGGUAGGGAAUUCGAGUGCCUGGAGAGGAUCACAGAUGUACAUCUGGGCGGCAUUCCCGGUAACGAGACCAUUGCUGUCACCAUUGAACGUCUAUUUUCACGAGCCAGAAAAGCAAAUGCAAAUCAAGUCGAAGAGCUUGCGGGAGAGGCUCAGAGAUUGCCCGGAAGGGAGGAGGAUGAGGAUGUGCCCCCACCCCCCAACCGGUUGUCGCUCAUGGAGGUGCGCAAACUGCUAUUCCGCAAGAACACGGGAAAGACAGGACAGAUUAAACAUGCUAACCACCUAAAAGCCCCCAAGGAGGCCCAAUUCUAUCACUCCCUCGUCCCUACCAAGGAACUCCUCACCCAGUUCUCACGCCUGACGCUGAACCAUCACCGCAUACACACCGAUGAACAAUACACCCGCGAAACGGAGGGUCACCGAAACCUGCUCGUGCAUGGUCCUUUAACCCUCGCCCUGAUGCUCCGGCUGGCGACAAAACGUCUCCGCACAUUGCCCGGACCACCCCGAGCAAUCACGUCCAUCGAGUACGGCAAUCUUGCUCCCCUCUAUUGCGACGAGCGACUGCGCGUGUGCGGACGCACAAGGGAAGAACCUCAGGGACGUGGAGAGGGUAGGUUUGACGUCUGGAUAGAGGGUCCAGCGGGCGGCAUGGCAGUCAAGGGACGUGUGACCGUUGCACCCAUU